AUGAGUGAGGUUGCGGUGAGGUCAAGGGAAGAAGAUGACGAAUUACAACGCAGUACAAAGAAGGUCAAGGAAAAUCAUAACGUGGGGUCACAACACACUACUCCUGUUUCCUCCUCUGAGGAAGGGAGUAAGUCAUAUAAGGAAAAACUUCUUGGAGAGAUUCCGGGAGCUUUUGAACAAGCAUUUGACUUUGGGUUGAAUAUGGAGUUGGAAACGGACUCGGAUGAGGAGUUUGCUGAUCUGCCAGCGGGUGAGAAAGCUGUGAAUUUUUCAAGAACCAUGAAAGCAAAGAUUAGAGUUCCACGGGCAAAUGCUUUGAUUGUCAAAUUGUUUGGGAAAACCGUGGGGUUCCACUUUCUACAUGCACGCAUUCUUGGUCUCUGGAAGCUGAUAGGAAGAAUGGAUUGUGUCGCUCUUGGAAAUGAUUUCUUCCUUAUUAGGUUCCAAAACGGAGAGGAUCAUGCUAGGGUGCUUAGGGAUGGACCAUGGUUUGUGGGAGGCCAUUACCUGUCCAUUAGGGGCUGGGAGCUGAACUUUAAGUCGUCCAAAGCCAAUAUGUCGUCAUUGGCAGUGUGGAUAUGGUUGCCCGAGUUGCCUAUUGAGUAUUAUGAACUGUCGGCAUUAAGUGCUAUUGGAGAAACCAUAGGGCCAGUCCCUAGGAUUGAUACCCAUACCACUGCUGAAACACGAGGGAGGUUCACAAGGUUUUGCGUUCAAGUUAACCUUGAUGAAUCGAUUACGAAGUUGCUCAAGAUGGGAAGGAUUGAACAGCUAAUGCAGUACGAGGGGUUAAACUCCUUAUGCUUCGGGUGUGGCCGUGUGGGUCACCGGGUGGAGAAGUGCCCGUACACGGUGAGAACACCGGUGGGGAAGGGUGAUGUUGAUGGCGCGGGAAAGAAGGAGGAAUUUCAAAGCCAAUUUGGCGCUGAGGAGGGAGAAACGUUUGGCCUGUGGGUUCUAGUUACACAGAAAAGGAAACCAAGCCUGCAAUAA